AUGGCGGAGAGUGGGAGUAGCGGGUUUGGGUUGCGUCGUUGGGCAUGGGUUGUUGUGGUGUUGGGGGAGGGAGUGGCACUGGACAUUAGCGUUGGACAUCGGCAUGUGGGGAUCUUCUGGUUUGAAGAUUUUAUGAAGGCUGUGAAGCGAAAGCCGGUACUUACCGUGGAACCAGAGUUAUGCCCCUCGGCAGUUCAGUACUGGGCGAAUGACAACACGAAGAACGGCCGUAGGAACUCUGAUAUUACCGAGAAGGCGAGAAGGCACCUCUCCGCCUUGGGAUGGAAGUUCUGGUAUGCAACCAAGAAGCAGAAGAUCGAGUUGCGGUACGAGUCUCCCACUGGAAAAGUUUACUACUCGCUUCGCAUGGCUUGCCAAGCCUGUGUAAAUUCUCCAGGACGAGGAGGAGUGUUUUCCGAAAGCAUUGGUUCGAAUUCCGUGGAGUGCUCUGCUGAUCUUGAUAUUGUAGUAGAUAUUACACCGCAGUCGACAUCAAGGAAAACGUUUAAGAAGAGAGAGAUUGGUGAAAUCUCGAAGGUAGAUGAUGAUUGGAGUCCGAAACAGGAGCGGGGGAAAACAGUUAAGAAGAGAAAGAUUGGUGGAAUAUCGAUGGUCGAUGAUGAUUGGAGUCCGGAACAGAAGCGAGGUAAGGUUCAUGCGGAUAUGAAGAGACUAAAGAGACAGAAUAAAGCUAGUAAACAGCAGGCCAGACGCAUUUUACGGUCAACCAAAAGAGCGAGAGAUAUCGAGAUCACGGAUCCCGGUACUCGAAACCCUAGGACAGUCCUGUCUUGGUUGAUCGAAAGUAAUGGUGUGUCCCCGAACGCCAAGGUACACUACCGCCCUAGAAAGGGCACUGACAGUCCAUUGGCGACGGGUCGGAUUACUCGCGAGGGAAUCAAGUGUGACUGUUGUUUUAAGAGGCAAACGAUGAAGAGUCGGAAAGGAAGCGCCAACACCGUCACGAGGUCAAAUGAAGUAGCGACGACUGGCAAUGUGCAUCAAGAUCAUCAUCCUCCUCGUGAUCAGAACGAUGAUAUAUGCACUGUGUGUCACUUUGGAGGCGAUCUGAUUCUCUGUGAUCGGUGUCCCGCUGCAUUCCACACUAGUUGCCUUGGUUUGAAGGAUGUGUCGGAAGGCGAUUGGUUCUGCCCAUCGUGUUGCUGUGUAAAGUGUGGUAAAGGAAACCCUAAGGAGGAUAGAAAUAAUAGUUUUGUGAUAUGUGGCCAAUGUGAUAAAAAAUACCACUAUGGGUGCCUUAGGAAUGAAGGGGUUGAGGAAUUGGAAAGGGAUUCCAAAGGAAACUGGUUUUGCAGCAGAAAAUGUGAAGGCAUAUAUCUGGGUAUCAACAAGAUUGUGGGGAAACGAAUUCUGGUGGGUACUGACAAUCUGACCUGGACACUGUUGAGGCCUUCUCCUCCAUCUGAUUCUGAUAUGGAGGACUUGACAGAAACCUACAGCAAGCUCAAUUUGGCUCUGAGUGUGAUGCACGAGUGUUUCGAGCCUUCUCAGGAUCCUUACACGAAACGAGACAUUGUUGAGGACAUUAUUUUCAACAGAGAGUCGGACCUGAGCCGGUUGAACUUCAGAAGGUUUUACACACUGCUUUUGGAGAGAGAUGAGGAAGUGAUUACCGUCGCUUGUGUAAGGAUCUACAGUGAGGUGGUGGAAGUGCCUCUGGUGGCAACUAGGUUCCAUUAUCGUAGACAAGGAAUGUGUCGUGUUCUGAUGGACGAGCUCGAAAACCAGCUCGCCAACUUGGGAGUUGAGAGACUGAUUUUGCCUUCUGCAUCUAGUACCCUGGAUACAUGGACUAGCACUUCAUUUGGGUUUUCAAAGAUGACAGCUGAUGAGAGAAUGCAGUUUCUGAAUUAUACUUUCAUGGAUUUCCAGGGCACCAUCAUGUGCCAUAAAGUAUUGAAACAAACCAACUCUGCGACGCAAGCAGUCAUACCGUUUGAGGGAAGUACCAAAUUUGAUAAAUUGCCUGGUGCCAUCUCUACAGUAACUCAGGCGGAAGACAAUCAGCCGGAGAAUGGAGCUUUAGAUCAAGAAUUGGGGAAUAUUGGCUCCGGUCACAAGUUUUUUAUUGACGAUGUUGAUUGCAUGCUGUUGGACAACAACGAACCUAGUUUCUUGGCAUGGUACAACGAACAGAACUUUAGGUUGAUUCCAGAAUCUUGUAAGGGUGUAACUGUACAGAAUCGCCAAACAGAUUAUUGA